AUGGCAAUUGAAGAAAAUAACGAAAAGGACAUUACUAAUAAUGAGUCGGCGGAAACUGCAAGUUAUGAUGAUUAUAACGAUAAACUAAUGGUGAAAAAAGUUGUUAGAAAAAUUGAUAUUUAUAUAUUACGCUGGGCUAUUUGUUCUAUGUGUCAAGCCGCAGUUACCUCCGCACUUACAUUAGGAAUUACUAGAUUCUUUCUAGGUGUGGCAGAAGCCGGAUUUUCUCCUGCUGUAAUAGAUUAUAUCUGCCUAUUUUAUUCCAGAAAAGAGAUGACUAUGAGAUAUGGAAUUUUUAUGGCUCUAAGUAUCAUUUCCGGUGCAUUUAGUGGCCUUAUUGCAUAUGGCAUAGUUUUAAUAAAAGGAUUAAAAAUAAAAAGUUUCCAAUUGAUAUUUAUAUUAGAAGGUAUCCCAACUAUCAUUCUUGCCAUAAUUGUUGCUCUAUUCUUUACUAAAGGUCCUGCCGACGCUCGUUUCCUCACACCUAAGGAACGCCUUUUCGUUGUCGAACGUCUUAGACCAGAUGGUGGUGUUGAUGAAGAAAAUCAUACUGUAAUAAAAUCUCAAGCAAAGAGCGCUUUUUUUGAUAUUAGAGUUUACGGUUACGUAUUUGCUGCUGUUGUUGGAUCAAUUCCUAAUAGUGCUCUUAGUUAUUUCCUUCCAACUUUAGUGAGUCAACUAGGUUUUGAUACUGUACAAACUCAAUUAAUGAGUGUACCACCAUAUUUAGUUGCAACUGUUGUAAUGCUUUCAUUUUCUUGGUAUGCUGAUAAAUACCAAUCAAGAGCUUUACCUAUUUUGAUUAGCGAUAUUAUUUCAAUUAUAGGAGCUACUGGCAUGUUAACAACUUCUGCUACAGAUCCAAGUUUAUAUAAAUUAAGAUACUUUUUCGUAACUCUUAUAUCAUGUGGUGUGUAUUCUGCUCAGCCAAUUAUUUAUAGUUGGAUAACUUCCAAUAUUCUCGGUCAAUAUAAACGAAACAUAACAAUUGCUGUAGGCUUUACUCUCGCUAAUGUUGGGAGCGUUGUCGGAAUUUUACUUUUCCAAAAAACCAUGGCUCCAGCAUACACUCAAGGAAUGAUCUUAGCCUUGAGCAUGAUGGCUGUUCAAUUCGUAAUAGUUGUUAUUAUGAAAUUUCAUUUAGAACAUGAGAAUAGAAGACGUGACUUACUUAUAUUAUCCAAUAAUAAUAUUCAACUAAGUGAAAGUGAAUUAAAGGAUAAUAAAUUAAUUAGAGAAAAGGCCAUGAAAAUAGUGGAAUAUGAACCGAAAUUCGAUGAAGUUUUGUGCGAUAACCAUCCUAAUUGGAGAUAUUAUCCUUAA